AUGGAGCAAAAUCUGGUGCUGUCGGAGCAGGAACCUUCUUAUCAUGAUUUUAAUUCCACUUCGACUUUUUUGCUACGCUGCUCUAUUGAUUCUAAAGGCACACAAACUGAGUUUGAGUGGACAGAUUACAGUACUGCUGUUUUCAGGAAACUUCAAGAGUUUGAUGAUAUUGAUAUUAAUGGAUACAUCGAUGUGAUACGUGGUCAUGAAACCUUAAGGCACCUUUCAAACAAAAAAAAGGUUUCUUCUCUCCAUUUAUCCAGUGAUAAUAGGUUUGCCUUAAAGAUCAUAAGCAAAUCUCACAUGAAGGCCCUUUUAGAACUACUGCCAAAAUAUUAUCACCAUGUGAAGAAGUACAAUAACACUUUACUUGCAAAAUUCUAUGGGCUUCAUGUUGUUCAGCCACAAGGUGGAAAAAAGGUUCGCUUUGUGGUAAUUGGAAAUAUUCUUCAGUCAGAUUUAAAGAUUCACAAGCAUUUUGUUCUCAGAGAUUCACCGAAUAGCCACCAUGUGCACAAAACGGGAGAUGAGGAAGAUCUUAAUAUGACUUUUCAUUUACAUACAUCUCUUCGGCAUAAACUUCUGACGUGA